AUGUACGAGAUCUGUCGUCAAUCUUGUAAUCUCUGUUCAACUACCAAGAACACUGGUGAUCAAGCAUUAUUACUGUUGAAUCUAAUCUCAUUAAUGCGAAAACAAAUUGAUGACAAAACUUUGUUACUAGAGUGUGUUCAAAACAACAAUACUUAUGCUUAUGUGGUUCCAAAGAUUAUCAAUAAUGGCAAACCGUCAUGUGCUGAUUUGACAGAUACUAAUGGAAUUUCGAAUUGCCAAAAACAUAUAGGCUUAUGUACUGACCCGUUUUAUAAAGGGCUGAUGAUGGUUCAAUGCAAAGCUACUUGUGGAUAUUGUGGUGGUAGUGGUAGCAAUAACAAUAACAAUAAUAAUAAGAAGAUUGAAAGUAGUCAGAAUGGUAAAGAAUUUAGGAAAAAGUUUUUUUUACUAAAAAAUAGUCAAAAAAUUUUUUUAAAUUUUUUCAACGUUUAUAGGCUUCUUAAAAAAUUUUUAAAUUUAAAAAUUUACAAGGAAAGUAGAUACCCUACCUACCCCGCUCAGAAUCAGCUCAAAAUUUUUAUAUGAAUUCCUUGUACUACCAAUAGUACCCAUAAAAAAUAUUAGCUUGUGCUUUUGAGUUUUAAAUUUAAAUUAUUUGGGUUUUUCCGCCAAUUUGGCAAAUUUGGCAUUGUCUUUCAAGUACUUUUUUCGGCUUUUCAGACAAGAUACGCUUACAAAUUUAAAAAUGUAUGUUCAUUUAAAGGUAUUCUACUAGUAUGUCAAAGAAAAAUUAUUAGAAGUCAAAAAAUGACAAAGUUACAAGCUUGAAACACAAUGCCAGGUUGGCGGGAAAUUCAAAAUGUCAUUUUUUAAUCUCGAUUUUCCCAUUUUCUCUAGAUAUCCUGGAAAGCGCGAUCUAGUACUUUGCUGAACAUCUUGUUUAUUUAUAUACAUGCUCUUUCUAUAUAAAAAGUUUGAAGUCAAUCACAGCGGAGUAGGUCAGGAACCUUCCUUGUUAAAUAUUUUCUUUUCAUUUUAGCUCUAGUUGUACCAACUCAAUGCGAAGACAAAUCUGUUAAUGGGAAAUCAGAUUGUUUGGGAAUGUCCAUGUUAUGUCAACAUCCCAAUUAUGUUUCAGUGAUGCGACAAGAAUGCGCCAAAACUUGCGGUUAUUGUACUGCUGAUUAUGGGUUGUACAAUCCUUAUCGUUAUUUGUACUAUGGGUAACUUAUAGUAGAUUACGACUGUUAAAAAUGGCUGGCGGAUAGAAUAGUGUUUGGUGUUGAUAACUGAUAAUAAUAUCAUUUUGUAAAAGGUUAAUAAAGAUUUGUUCAAAAUUUAAAAUUUCUUAAAAGCGUGUUGAAGAUAAUGAAAAACUGAUAAAACAUUUGCAAAACCUUGAUCAACGUCAUCAUUGCCAUUCAUUUUUUGAUCUCUGAUUAGUUUUCUUUUUAAUUUCGGCCGCUUCAGUGUACGUUGAACAUGUAACCUUUAGCUUCAGCUGAAUCAAUUUCAAAACAUUAAUCAGGCUUAACACCGAUAUUAAUCAGGCCAUUAAAUGACUAGGUUUAUAUGCUUUGGCCUAUAAAUCAAAACGAAUUUGCAAGAAAUUUCAAUUCGAAUUUAAUUAAAUUUUAUGGAAGUUAAAUAAUGUGGAGUUCCAAAAAUGGCUAUUAUAUAGCUUUUGUUUUAUGUGUAGAGACAGUCUUUGGACUGACGCCACAAGAUCAACAAUUUGUUGUUGAGCUUCACAACAAAUUUAGAAGUCAGCUGGCUAAUGGACAAGCUGUGGGGUAUGGUGGGGUUUUGUUUCCUGUGGCCUCGGAUAUGCAACAGUUUGUAAGUUUUAGCAUGUGAUUAGUACAGGAGGGUAAAAAUAGCAUGUGACUGUUACUGAUUUUCAAUAUUAAGGUUGCAAAAACCAUAUCCUUUGAUAAAAGUUUAAAAUUCUUUUUUAGACUUACGACACUUCUCUAGAAGCCACUGCAGCUUCAUGGGCAGCUGGUUGUAUUUACCAACAUCCUAGCGUGCUAAACUAUGGCCAAAACAUUGCUCAAUCUUUUGCCACGGAUGAAAGUAUGUAUUUGUUCUGGAAAUCUAUAUUUUACUCACUAAAAAUGGUUACUGAUCAUAUAGACAAGAAUUUUUUUUUGUUAAAAUUAGAAGUAGGGUAGGGUAAAUAAGUUUUUUAAUUUUUUACGUAUGUUUUUAAAAAAAAUUUUAAGAAAUUAAGUGAAAACUGAAAAAUAGGUAUCUAUAGUUAACACUGUUUUAGCAACAGCUUUGAACGACUCAAUGUUUGCGUGGUGGGACGAGAUAUCAGUUUAUCCGUACGGUCCACAAGUUUUGGUGUUUUCUGAUCAGACAGGUCACUUUACACAGGUAUGGCAAUUGUUUUUGCACAUUUAUUAUUCAUAUAUUUAACUUUAUAUCAUGCGUUUAUAGUAGUCCUACAGUAAAAGUAUGUUAGUGUUAGAUUAGGGUCACUCUUGAGUAGUUUAGGGUUGAGUUGGGUAGGGUAAUAUAGAAUAGAGGGAGAUAAAGAAGGGUAGGGUACGAUACGGUAUGGUAAGGUAGAGUAGGGUUGAAAAGAGGAGGGUAGGGUAAGAUAAGAUAAACUAGGUUAUUAAAAAUAUGAUUCCAGAUGGCCUGGGCCAACACGAACAAAGUCGGUUGCGCAGUUCAAUUCUGUUCAAAUGGACCUCAAAAUGGUUGGGACUUUGCUAAUUGGGCAUUUACUGUUUGUGAUUAUAGUCCAGCCGGAAAUGUGUUGACUGAACCUUUGUAUGAUAUUGGUCCAGUUUGUACUAGUUGCCCAUCACUAUCCGACCCUUGUGAUGAUGGGCUUUGUGUUGUAUCUUGA